AUGACAGAGGUCUCACCAGAGCAGCUGAACUCCCUCAGAGGAAAUGCCCACCUCUACAAUCAAAAGCCUGCCACCACCACCACCACCACCACCAAACAAUCGCAAGAAACCGACUCGGCCUUACCCAAAGGCGUCGUUCUAGACAAAGAUGGAAAACCCUGCCGAACCUGCACCUCCGUCUCCUCAUGGCGCGCCCUAACAAAACAAGCCAAAGCCGACUCCCCCACAUCCUCUUCAACCACCGCAAGCACAACCCCAGCAACUUCAACAACACCCACAACCCCCCUCACCGCCCCAGCCACACACCCCGAGCCCCCCAUCCCCGCAGACUGCCCACCAGAUGUCGAAGCACUCGGCCGCUCAACCUGGACACUCCUGCACACGAUGGCAGCUACCUACCCCGAGAAAGCGGAUACGCAGCAGCAGUCUGAUAUGCAGGGCUUCCUGAAGCUGUUCUCGCGACUGUAUCCGUGCUGGGUAUGCGCGGAUGAUUUUAAGACAUGGAUGGCGCAUCCUAGUGGACGGAAUCAGCCUAAGUUGAGUGGGCGUAAGGAGUUUGGGUGGUGGAUGUGUGAGGCGCAUAAUGAGGUUAACAGGAAGCUUGGGAAGAAAGAGUUUGAUUGUCGGUUCUGGGAGGAGAGGUGGAAGACUGGGUGGAAGGAUGGGAGGUGUGAUUAG